ACCGGCAGGUCCCACCCCGUGGAGGGAGCGAUCGGGGGUGGGGAAGCCGCCGGCUGGGCGGGCGGGGGAGGGUGCUCCAGCCGCCGCGAGUGAGGAGCGGCCGCCGCCUGUUCCUCACGGGUGGCGUGGACGGGACUGGCCAGGGAACGCCGCGGGCGGAUGGAGGCGCCUUCUUGCCCCGCCUGAGCUCAGCCGGGCUAGAGCCGAGCGGAGGGCCCGCCUCCUGCCGCCGGAGCGGCCGCGCGAGCAGCCGGAGGAGGAGCGGCGGGCGCCGGGCUGCUCCUCGCGGGAGCCCCCAGCAUGGUUGACUAUAUUGUGGAGUAUGACUAUGAUGCUGUACAUGAUGAUGAGUUAACUAUUCGAGUUGGGGAAAUCAUCAGGAACGUGAGAAAACUACAGGAGGAAGGAUGGCUAGAAGGAGAACUAAAUGGGAGAAGAGGAAUGUUUCCUGAUAAUUUUGUUAAGGAAAUUAAGAGAGAGACAGAAUCCAAGGAUGACAAUUUGCCCAUCAAACGGGAAAGGCAAGGGAAUGUAGCAAGUCUUGUACAACGAAUAAGCACCUAUGGACUUCUAGCCGGAGGAAUUCAGCCACAUCCACAAACCAAAAACAUUAAGAAGAAGACCAAGAAGCGUCAGUGUAAAGUUCUCUUUGAAUACAUUCCACAAAAUGAGGAUGAACUGGAGCUGAAAGUGGGAGAUACUAUUGAUAUUAGCGAAGAGGUAGAAGAAGGCUGGUGGAGUGGAACCCUGAACAACAAGUUGGGACUGUUUCCCUCAAAUUUUGUGAAAGAGUUAGAGGUAACAGAUGAUGGUGAAGCUCAUGAAGCCCAGGAUGAUUCAGAAACUGUUUUGACUGGGUCUACCUCACCUUUACCUUCUCCGGGAAAUGGGAACGAAACUGCACCUGGAUCAGUUACCCAGCCAAAGAAAAUCCGAGGAGUUGGAUUUGGAGAUAUAUUUAAAGAAGGCUCUGUGAAACUUAGGACAAGAACAUCCAGUAGUGAAACAGAAGAGAAAAAACCAGAGAAGCCCUUAAUCACACAGUCACUAGGAUCCAAAACUCAGAGUGUGGAGGUAACAAAAACAGACACUGAAAGUAAAAUUAAAGCUAAAGAAUAUUGUAGAACGUUGUUUGCCUAUGCGGGUACUAAUGAAGAUGAACUUACUUUUAAAGAAGGGGAGAUAAUACAGUUGAUAAGUAAGGAGACUGGAGAAGCUGGCUGGUGGAAGGGUGAACUUAAUGGUAAAGAAGGAGUAUUUCCAGACAAUUUUGCUGUUCAGAUAAAUGAACUGGAUAAGGACUUUCCUAAACCAAAGAAACCACCACCACCUGCGAAGGGUCCAGCUCCAAAGCCUGAGCUGACAGGUGCAGAGAAGAAGUAUUUUCCUACAAAGCCUGAAGAAAAAGAUGAAAAGUCAGUGCUGGAACAGAAGCCUUCUAAACCAGCUGCUCCACAAGUCCCACCCAAGAAGCCUACUCCACCCACCAAAGCCAAUAAUUUACUGCGAUCUCCUGGAACAGUGUACCCAAAGCGACCUGAAAAACCGGUUCCUCCACCACCUCCUGUAGCCAAGAUUAAUGGAGACGUUUCUACCAUUUUAUCAAAAUUUGAAACUGAGCCAGUAUCAAAACCAAAGCUAGAUUCUGAACAGUUACCACUUAGACCAAAAUCAGUAGACCUAGAUACAUUUACAGUUAGAAGCUCUAAAGAAACAGAUCUUGUAAAUUUUGAUGACAUAGCUUCAUCAGAAAACUUGCUACAUCUCACUGCAAAUAGACCGAAGAUGCCUGGAAGAAGAUUGCCUGGCCGCUUCAAUGGUGGACAUUCUCCAACUCAAAGCCCAGAAAAAAUCCUGAAGUUACCAAAAGAAGAUGAUAGUGCCAACCUAAAGCCAUCUGAAUUUAAGAAGGAUUCAUGCUACUCUCCAAAGCCGUCUGUUUACCUUUCAACACCUUCAAGUGCUUCUAAACCAAAUACAGCUGCUUUUCUAACUCCAUUAGAAAUCAAAGCUAAGCUAGAAACAGAAAAUUCUUUGGAUGAACUUAAAGCUCAGAUUGUUGAAUUGCUGUGUGUUGUGGAAGCACUAAAAAAGGAUCAUGGGAAAGAACUGGAAAAACUACGAAAAGAUUUGGAAGAAGAGAAGGCAAUGAGAAGUAAUCUAGAGGUGGAAAUAGAGAAGCUGAAAAAAGCAAUCAUGUCUUCUUGAAGUGACGUGCACCCAGUGUUCUCAGUGUUCCAGGGAUUCAGAAGCAACACUAUGAACUUCAACUGACUUGUUACUUAAAAAUAACAAAUGCUGAUGUCGUGAUAAAGAAAUAUGCGUAUAUGAACUAUUAUAUCUAUAGAAAAAUGUAGGGGGAGGGUGAAUUUUUUUUAUAUAUUUUGUUUUGCCAAUAUGAAAAAAAAGAGGCCUUAUUUCUUAUGUGCUGGGAUUGCAAACUCUUUUGUUUAGUUUGCUUGAAAAUACUACUGAAUCUGUAUAAAAAGGAAAGAAAAUUCACAAUAGUUUUUUUUAUUGAAACUUGUAGUAUUAUUUUUAAAGAGAUCUAUACUAUAAAUAUGGUGAUAUCUUUACGAAUAAUCUGUAAAAUAUACCAUUUGAGAGGGACAGUUUAGCUUUAUAGUAACUAUAGUCACUACUUUUCCCAUAAAACAUAAGGGAUAUGAACUUUGUAUAUAUAUAUUUUUUAUGUUUAGCUUCUUACCCAGGAUUACACUGUUGUGCCUGUUUGUUUGCAGUUUGUGAUACUCUGGGUGAUGAAAUAGGAGUUUCCUAGCUACAAACCAGAUUACUCACCCGUGCAUAUAGUAAUAACUGUAAUGAACUAAUCAAAAUAAUUUCUUCAACUUUUGGAAUAUUUUUUUAUUGCUUGCACUAUAGGAUUCAUAAAGGAAUUUAGUUAAAAUGUAUUGGAUUGUUAAAUAUAUUGGGGAAAAUAUGAGCUAUAUUUUAAAUUCAUUAGGUCUAAGGAACUAAAAAUGUCAAUUUAACCCUUAACUUGUUGUGCCUAGAAACUACAGCACAUAUAAUAUGCAAACACCAGCCUAUUGCUGUACUUUUCUGUUUAUUUUACAGGCUCAAAUGUUACUCAUUUCAUAAUCUUGUGAUUUAAUUCUUCAUGCCCCUCCAUUUGAUUUUUAAUAAUGGUAAUGUUAGAAAAACAAAACUCCAGAGCUUUCAGAACUUCAGUAUGCAGUUUCAUACUUUGACAAGUUAUCAUUAUGUAAAUACUCAGGUUUUACAUUGUGUAAUUUACCUACUAGACUAAACUAACUGGUGGAGAUAUUUGGGGCUGUCAUUUAGGUAACCAGCUUUAUAAAGUGUGUUUAGUAGGUCACAGAACGUAACAUCACAGCUUAUUUAAAACCAAAUAGUUGGCCAUAUUCAAAAUGCAUUUUCACAAAGUGGGUGAAUAGCAGUUUCUUCACGGUCACUUAUGAACAAUUGAACUUUUAAAAAUGUUAUCUACAGAUAAUAUGUCUCAAAAUAUGUGGGUUUAUAUUGAAAGUAGAAAAUUUGAUCUUUUUUUGAAAAAAAAUUAGAUUUUAAGCUUUAUUAUAGCAAAUGACUUUCAGAUUUUGAGUACCAUCUAUCAUGCUUCUAUUUUGUGUUCUUUAAACCCCCAAAGCAAUAUUUUUCCUUUAAAUUUUAGUUUUAAAAUACUGAAAUCUUGUGUUAAUGAAAUUCUGUCAUAUUGUUUCAAAUAAAAGUGAAAUAGAAAAUAAUAGAAACUCCAAUACAUAAUUACUUAAUGGUAAAUUCACAACUUAAAUUAGUGCUUUUGGGGAAAUCUGUGCAUUAAGUAUGUACAUUCUAACUUCUUAAAGUCCUUGGGCUCUCCUGAUGAGGUCACUGCUGAACAAAAUUGUUUAUUCCUGUUCUAGUGUUUUUAAAUGACUUGUCAAAUGAAUGAUUUCUUUCUUCUUAAAUAAAUUAGGUCUUAUUUUAACAUGAAAGUCUUCAGGUAGAUAUAAAAACAAUGUACCCUGGAAAUCACCCUCCAGCUUUAUGACUGGAAGAUCUGAUUAAGUGCUCCCUCCUCACCCUAGUAACGGGGUAGGGGAGUUACCAGCAGAUUUCAGGCUGUUCUUAAAGUUUUUGUUGGUCAUUUUCUCACCAGUGCAUAAAAUCAAGAUGGUCAUGAGUACUGAGAGACAUUUAAAGUGUUUGCUUGUGUACUCCUCAGUCAGAAUUGAAAAGUAGUUCAAGUACUGUGUCUCUAUUUUCUUGCCCUUGACCAAAUAGUAAAGAAAAGAAAACCAAAAUCAAAGGGAAAAAUGAUUACUUUAGCAAUUUACCAGUAUUUGCUCUUGAUAUAGGAAUUUUAUUAAUUCCUGUUUAUAAAGUUCAUAUCAUAAAAUGCUAUGUAAUUAUAUAGCUUUUACUUGGGGGUAAAUCUUUUUUUUUUUUUAGUGAAUGAGUAUAAAUUACAGAGUAGAGGUGAACAGCAUGGCAUCUGUCAUUGCCAAAUUGGUAGUGAAUGUUUGCUAUUCUUUGAAAAACAUAAUAUUACUAAUUUUCCUAAUUAUAUUUCAAUAUUAGGAGUAUUGUGUGUGUGUGCGUGCGACCACCAAGCUUUGGUCAUACUAUAAAGCUGUUACCUCUUUACAAAAUCUGAGUCUGAAGAUAGGAAGAGAGAAUGGGCCUGGUGUAACAGAGGAUUCUCUUUUUAUGCUUCUUACUGUGAUCACAGAAAAAAAUAAACCCAAGUGCUCUCUAGAUGUGUUGGUAAACAUUUUAUGCUUGCAUUUAAACUUGAAAUGUAUGAAAAGAAUGAGACAAUCAGUUCAAAUCAGAAAUGAGAAGUGUUAAAAUUUAAUGGCCUUGUUUUGCUGUAGCAAUAAAAUGACCAAGUGCAAUGACUUGAUUUAAUAAAAUCAUCUUUUAAAAGUUGCUGCUAUGAAUAUUUUUAGCCAUAAAAUUUUAUCCUUGUUGUAGCCUGACUUGCCUUCAGUAACUGUUAUGUAAUGCAGUUGGUGUUGUGGUAUUCUAACAUUCCAAAAAAAUAAUAAUAUAUAUUUAUGGAGAAACUCAAAACAGUAUACUUCACUGACUUGUUUACAGGUGCUGUAAAGCGUGCUUCUCCCUCAAAAAGAAAAUAAAGAAUAGUAUUGCCAGUUGUGUCAGUCUUUAUUGGUUAUUUUUCAUUAACUUCAGCAUAUGCUGAUUGUAGAGUAUGAUGAAAAUUAUUUUAUAUUACUUUGAGUUUUCCAAAUAAAAGAAACAAUGUAAAUAGUAAAAUAAAAGCAUUCAAAGUUCUAGACCUAUGUGACAUUUACUGAAAACCUUUGUGAGUCUUUUCUUUCUACCUGGAACUGUGAGAUGAUAAUUCCUACCUCACAGGAUUAUUGGGAGAAUAUGAAAUGAUUUAUAUAAAGUACCUUAUCUUGCCAUAGAGUAGAUUUUUUUAAAUGGAAGCUGCUGAUUUACUCUUCUCAAAAGCACCUUGUGGUGAUGGAUAUGAUGUAAAUUAGGCACAUGAGAUUAAGAGAAAAGGCAUAGUAUGUCCUCUCCCCUUGAUUUUGAAUACAGCAUCCCUUUCUUUGGAGGAGAUACUGCUUUCAUUUGUAUGAUAUUCGAAAUGGAGCUGAGAGUACUUUGCCCAAAUUAAUUAUUGACUCAGAGACUGAGAUUUUAAACAUUUGAAACAAAGAGCUAGUCUCAGCAUGGGAGCUCUCCACAGUUACAUUUUCCUGUCAUCUGGAAAAAGCUGAUUUGGAAGAACUAAAUAGAGUAUAAAGAUAUGGAGACAGAAUUCAGAAGAAUUUUAAGACUGAUUACAGUCAUUCCUGAAGCCCCACUACCCACCCAUUGCUUGGUUCCUU